AUGAGUGCGGAAACUACUCCGCAUCCGCAAGGUGCGGAUCCAUCUCAACCGACACUAUCCUCUCCCAUCGACGUCUUUGACUCACCUAGCCUCCUCACGCUACCGCCACCUGGCAAUCGCAUCAGGUCGUCGCAGUCUUCAAGUCACCCUUCCAGACUUGGCCUGGUCUCGUUCAGCACCAUGAGUCAAACCAAAAGCAUUGGUGACAGCGCUGUGCUCCUUCGCGGACCCACUGAAGAGGAGGAAGAAGUGGAUGAACUAGACGAGUUUGAUGCACAUGCGCCAAACGAGCUGGACUUCGAGCUUUGCGAUCAGCUGGAGGCAGAGAGUCUCCUCACGGCUACGCAGAGUUGUGAGCAGCUGGCUUCCACCAAUAAGAUCAGCAGCGGAAGCGGCAGCUCCAGAUCGCCGCAAAAGAGGACUCGAACCCCGUCUCUCCUGAAUAGCACCCAAGUCAUCGAGAUCCGCGACACUUCGCCCAAGCCGCGGGUCCAGCAACCCAAGCGAUCCAAGACUCAGAAGUCUGCCAACGACAACGCUGGUUCGCUCAAGCCUUUCUUCGAGGAGGAUUGGGUGAAGGAUCUUCUUGCGAACAGCAAAGGCGUACGCGCCUUCUCGCCGCCCGAGUUCGCUGGACCUAGCCUCAACGCGCGCGAGCCACAGCAGCCACCUGCUUCGCAAGCCGCACGAGACCUCGAAGGUGUUCCAGCUCGGGCCAAAUCUGUAUCUCAGCCCGCCCACGCUCAGCAAGGCAGUACCAAAUCGGUAGUUGUCGCGAUCCGCUCCAACACUGGCAGCGGCAACAGUUCGAGCAGUUCCGCAAUCCGCAUCGGUAACAGUGUCGGCAACAACAGCAGCAGCAGCGACGAAGACACUCUCCUCGCAAAUUCCUACCGAGUCUCGCUGACCGCACUCGACCAUUCUUCGCCUAGGCGUGUAGCUACAACCAAGGUCGUAGAAGCGGUGGCAGAGCUCAACUUGGCUUGCCAACGUGAGGCCGAAAGCCUGGAGGUGAAGCUCAUGGAGCGCGACCUUGUCAUUGACGGGCUGAGGGCCCAGCUCAGGAAGAGGUCUUCCAAGUAG